GCAGUCGCUCACUGAAGUACAACUGAUGAUUCCUUUCUUAGUGAUCGAAGUCUUGAAGGACCACUGUACAGGUGAUGCACGGCUUGAAGACCAGCGCUCGCUAUGAAUGAUUGCUUAUGUAAAGCUGCUCAACGAUCUUCCCGGCACCCUUUGGCAGAAUAUCAGAGUCACUAUGCAGUACCAAUUUGUCGAUACAGGAGAGAUAGGUUAUUAUGUGAUUGGCAACCGAGGCCUGUGUAACUCCGACAUGGGGUGGAUUAAGAUCAAUGGCAGUAUGAACGCGCCAGAAAGAGCGUUCAGCUGGGUCCGGUUCUCGAUACGAGGCCCUGAUCCAGGGGUGAACUUUUUGGUGGACAACGCCGCUCUGUAUGAAGUCCCUGAGAACACCAACUGGCUCGCUGAUUCCUACACUAACAUCGACACAUACAGGAAGUCUAAUGUCAACAUAAGUUUCACUUUGCCGCCUGGCGUUUCCUCGUCGAAGUUUGAUGUUCAGAUACGAUUAAAAAAGCACCUGUACCCUUUCGGAGUAAGAGUAAAAGACACUCAAAUGUCAACAAAAGCCUCUAAUUUAUACAGCCAACUGAUCUUUAACAUGUUCAACUGGGCCACAGUGCAGAGCUACAAGUGGAUGUUUGACAAAGGAAACUUGACAAAUCCAGACUUCCAUAAUGCAGUCAACGCCACCAACGUCCUCGUCGCAAGCGGAUUGAAAGUUCGCGGACACAAUAUCUUAUGGGACGUGGCUGACAACAUACCGGAUGCGGUUAAGGCGCUGAGUGGACAGGAACUGAGAGACCAAUUGGACAAACACGUGCAGUACAUGUGUAAUCUUGGUCUUGGCAAACUGGCCCACUGGGACGUCAUGAACGAGAUGACCCAUGGUCUAUACUAUGAGGAGAAGUUACAGGACCGGAACUUCACCAAAAACCUUUACCGACAAAUGAAGACCUGUGACAAUGUCACGAAGUUGAUCUUGAACGACUACCAGGCUGUUGACAUCGCAGCGUCAGCAGAGGAGUACUUCCAGUUGAUGUCAGAGUACCUCAGUGAAAACGUUCCCGUGGAAGGCUUAGGGGUGGAGGGUCACGUUCAACAAUAUCUUGCCGUUGACCCCACGCUGAUUCUGAGAACACUCGACCGUUUGUCAAUGUUAGGAGGAAUAGAUGUCUUUAUGACCGAGUUUGACGUCGAGUCUCCGGACCCCGUGCAGCGCGCUGAUUGGAUAGAGGACGCCAUGCGAGCACUGUUCAGUCAUCCUGCCAUGAAGGGCAUCAUCUACUGGAGUUUCUGGGACCAGGACACGGACAAUGUUAACAGAGUGCUCAUUCAGGGGACCAAUGUGACGAUCAUAGAGCCUGGGCAGCGAUUCUUCUGUCUGAUAAAAAAAGAAUGGACAACGAAUUUGAGUAGCAACCUCGGCAGCAGCUCAAAUAUCUCCGCCCGUGGUUUCCGAGGCGACUACCAGGUGACCAUCAAAAGGUCAGGCGUGCCGGUACAGGUGGAAUUCUUCACUUUGGGAUCAAGCGACAUGUCCUUGAAUAUCAAAAUUACAAACAAAACAACUGCAGUAAGUGUGCCGGUGGACAAGGACUACGUACCCAAGUGUGUCAGCCAUCGUGACCAGAAGUCUCUGGGGCUGCAGUCCACGUCAUCAACAAACAUGCAGCUCACCUGCGUCAACGUCGAGUCCACUCCCUCUGGUGGCAACGAAGAUGACGUGGCAUCGGUCACCUGUGGAACGGAUCGCAUCAUGGCAGGCUGCACGAGCUACCAGAAUGCCAUGCUUUGGACGAGGAAAGGAGAACAGAUUGUCUUGGAGAACGGAGUAGCCGUGUGCAAAGCGUACAACGGUCAAAACUCACCGGCAGGCGUGACUGCAGCUGCACGGUGCUGCAAGGUGUCUGGCAUGAGUUGUGAGUUCCGGUCGGCAGGACCAUCUUUGACUUUUGGCGGCGCGCAGGCCGAGGCCAUUUGCUCUACAAAUACCCUGCUUAUAGGUUGUUCCAGUUACAGCCAGUUCCCGGAUAUGAAUGGGGCAUAUGCUAACGACACAGCGAACAGUUGCGUGGCUGAGGGUGGCAAUCCUGCAUCUACAGAUCCUGCUGAACGUUCAGGAUCCGUUGCUUACGCAACGUGCUGCUCGUAUCCGGACAUCUCGUGCAGGCGCGUGUCCUCACUUCCGACAACUCUUGGAGCUGGUGAUUACCAAGGAGUGACGUGCCCUUACAACACCACCAUGGUAUCGUGUAGCUACUUUGCUCCAGACGGCAGGUCUGGAGGAGCCAGAAUCAUUGACUCUAAUGGCGGCGACGAAUGCAGAGCGUACAUGGGAGACAACUUGUCUUCAGGGUCACGUGGUGUGACAGCUACGGCAACAUGUUAGACGUGGUCUAACUAAAAUGAAGACAAUUGUAGUUUUCGUGCUGCUCAUAAUGCUGGAGACGGGUCUAGGUCAGAAUUUGCUGGACAACCCCAGCUUCGAGGGAGAUCUGACGGGCACGUGGGAGAACAAUGGGUUC